CGAGGGGCUCGGGCCCGGGGCGUGCCGGCGAUUGGCAGGGGAACGGGACCCGGGGGCGCGGCCGCCCGCGGAUUGGCGAGCCGCGGCAGGGGCGGGCUCGCGCAUGCUCUUAAGUGGCAGCGGCGGGCACGGGGUCAGUGCCAAGAUGUCGACGGCGGCGGUUCCGGAGCUGAAGCAGAUCAGCCGGGUGGAGGCGAUGCGCCUGGGGCCGGGCUGGAGCCACUCGUGCCACGCCAUGCUGUACGCCGCCAACCCUGGGCAGCUCUUCGGCCGCAUCCCCAUGCGCUUCUCGGUGCUGAUGCGUUUCGACGGGCUGCUGGGCUUCCCCGGGGGCUUCGUGGACCGGCGCUUCUGGUCGCUGGAGGACGGCCUGAACCGGGUGCUGGGCCUGGGCCUGGGCUGCCUGCGCCUUACCGAGGCCGACUACCUGAGCUCGCACCUGACCGAGGGCCCACACCGCGUCGUGGCGCACCUAUACGCGCGGCAGCUGACGCUGGAGCAGCUGCACGCCGUGGAGAUCAGCGCGGUGCACUCGCGCGACCACGGCCUGGAGGUGGGGCCGCGGCCCGGGCCCCGCCCCCCGCCCCGGGGUUUGGCUCUGGCCCCGUGGAAGGCACCGAUGGGUACUUGGCCUCGUGCGGGUCCCGCUGUACACCCAGAAGGACCGAGUCGGAGGCUUCCCCAAUUUCCUGAGCAACGCCUUCGUGAGCACGGCUAAGUGCCAGCUCCUCUUUGCCCUCAAGGUGCUCAACAUGAUGCCCGAGGAGAAGCUGGCUGAGGCCCUGGCUGCCGCCACCGAGAAGCAGAAGAAGGCCCUGGAGAAGUUGCUCCCGGCCUCCUCCUGAGGGCUGCCUGAGCUGGUGGCACCCUCCCCUGGACCGCAAGACUGGGAAUUCCUGCUAAGUGUGGCUUCUAGAGUGUAUGUGUGUACCCCGCUUCUGACUGCCUAGGGCGAGUGGGCAUCUUGUCAUCUCCACUGUCCCAAGCAGUCACUAGGUGGCGGCCGGGCCAGCUGGGACCCAGCCCAUCCUCCCAGGCAGAGCAGGGUGGUCUGGGCACACUGGGCCUGCCUCUCCAGCCUCAGGAUGCUCUUGUUCAUCUUGGGCUCAGACCCUCCUCUGUGUGCGUCUCAUCACAGCUGGUGGAGGCCCCGGAGUGCCUGACUGUCCCACAGGGGUGGCCCACAGCUCUGGGACCACUCAGAAGAUGGGAUGUGUGGGUGGAGGAUGCCUUGUCUAGGUCAGAUCAUUCCUGCCUCCCUCCUGAGCCAGCUCAGGGCCUGGGGGAGAGCCAGCUUGGGGUAGGAAGUUAAUACUGUUAAUUUGGGUUGUUGUUGGAUUUACAUUGCUAGAUUUUCUCUUUCACCACGUGUGAACUGUGGGUGAGGUUUCAAAGUAGCUUCACCACACGUGGCUUGGUUCCCAGGGACAGUCGGGGCCUCGGGGGCCCAGCUAUAUGUACAACGAAGCUGUGGAAGGAGAAGACAAUAAAGUCGCUCCUCAGCUGC